AUGGGAAUAACCAGUGCGACAAUAUGGCCGACACAUGAUUGCAAAUGAUUGAUAAUAAUAUUGGAUAAGGAACGGCAUCUAACUGAUUGCUAAAGAUGACGGAAAUUCUUUGUAGAUGGCUCAACGAUGAGCUAUCGCUGUCACAGAAAGUCGAACAAAAGACAUUUGCUCGAGAAUUUUCUUCUGGAUACCUGGUUGGAGAAGUCUUGAAUAAAUACCAGCUACAAGAUGAUUUCGAUCAAUUUUCACAAAACAAGACAGCAGAUUCAAAGCUUAAUAAUUUCACUCGGAUUGAGCCAACCCUUCAUCUGCUGGCAAUACCAUUUGAUACCAAUGUUGCUCGUGAUGUGAUGACGGAGAAGCAUGGGGUGGCUACAAGACUUAUGUAUCAACUAUACAUCGCCCUCACUAACAAAAAGAAGGCUAACCUGACAGGGGUCGCCAUGGAAACCAUGAGACCUGCUGCCCCAGCUAAACUGAAUGCUGUGGAAAGUGGUAUUUAUGUGCAGCGAUUGAAACAUGCCACCCCUAGACAAACAGACCUGAACUUGGAUGCACUUGUUGAGAGAUUCCAUGAAAAGCAAAUUGAGAUGGAAAAAACAGCUUUUAAAGACCGGUUUUUGGAACAAGAACGUAUCAGAGGACAGCAGCAGAGCCAGAGAGAGGCCCUACUCAAUAGAUCUCGUCUAAUGAAAGAAAAACAGAGCGAGCUUGUUGCAAAAAUACAGGCAGCAACAGUACACAUACCUAAACCACCACCAGGUAAAACAGCUAAGGCCAUUCAGAUGAAAAGGGACAUAAGGAAAAAGAAAGAAGCCAAUGAAACACAACAGUCAAUAUCUAACUUUGAAGAUAAGAUGAAAAUGAUUUUACCACCAUCAAAGGAGGAUGAAGAAUCUAUAGACCUUGAGUACAUUAUGGUGAGGGAUGAAGAGAAGCCUAUGGCUGAAUCAAUAGACCUCAUCAAGCCAGCCUCAAAUGAUGAAUAUAUUGGCAAAAUCCGUAAACGUCUUCAGGAGGACCAGUCAGCCAGGAACGAGCGUGAAAAGCGACGAAGAAAAGUCCUUGUUGAUCAGCUAAUGGCACAUGAUUCUCAGGAGGAGGCACGUCGGGAGGAGAUGCUGGUGAACCGCCUAAUGAGACAGUCCCAACAGGAACGGAGGAUUGCGGUACAACUUCUGCAGACUCGUCACGAGAAAGAAGUCAUCCGCAAAAACAGGAUCCUUCGUGAGAAACAGUAUGAGGAGCGACGUCUGAAGGACUUUGAAGAUGCUCUCAACAGAGAAUCUGAAUUGGCCAGACUUGCUCGUGAGGAAUAUGAAGAGCAAACUCGUAAAGAUCAGGAAAAACAUGACCAGAUCGCAGCAGAACGAGCUGAGAGCAAGUACCGGAAACAUUACGACAUGUGUUUUGAUGUAGUCAAUGAGUUAAUGAACUUUACAUGUAAAGUUGGUGAAUACCGGGAACUCACAGAUAAGUUACUACCUGAGAAGUUGAUGCGAGAAUGGACGGCCCUGUUUGUGGCAGGCAAGCCUCUAUUUGAGCAAGCUCCAGCCAUUGAGUCAACAGAGCCAACGCCAGAACAGAUCUUGGAGGAAGAACGACAGCAGUUGUUAGACGAAGGUGAUUUCAUGGAGUACAAGAACAUGACUGGCGAAUGGCAGCCCCCCGAGGGAUGUGAGGUGACCAAGCCUCCACGGGACAACCCUAUCAUGGGCCACAUCAUACAGAGGCUCUUCAACAUGGUCCACCCUCCCAGCCCUCCGCCACCCCCUCCAGAGUUUCCUCCCUUCCCUAUUCGUGCCUGUAUUUUAGGAAAAGUUUUCAGUGGAAAGACCACAGUUGUGAAAAAACUUGCUGAAGAACAUCGACUGAUGGUACUAUCCUCUGAUGAGUUAAUCAACGAGGCUGUAGAGGCCAACAAGACAGGAGAAACCAUGUUGGUGGAGAAAUCUCUGUCAAGGCUGGAAUCGGAGUCAACAAUGAUGGAAGACCGAUCAGCUACAGAUUUCGGGGAACAUCCUACAGGAAUUGAGAUUUGUGUACGAGCACCGACAGGGGAGGGCACUCUAGAGUACCUAACACAUCACGCCGGAGCACCGACUGACCUUGAUGCCUCUGCAGCAAGCUUUGGUGAUAAACCAACAGAACCCUCGUCAGAAGAACCAGUCGCUACAGAGGGGGACGCGGCCGCCGAACCUACUGAAGCAGCACCCGGUGCUGAGCCCUCUACAGAACAGGUUGAUGAGGCCAAGAAAACUAAGAAACCAAAAGAGAAGCAAGCACCAAAACCAGUGCCGACAAAUCGUUCGAAACUUGGAGCGAAGGCGUUAAGGUAUCUGAAGAGAGGGGCCCCAAUAGAUGACCAAAUCAUUGUGGAUAUUUUGGUUGACAAAAUCAGGAACAUCCCAGAAGGUACAGGCUGGGUGCUGGAUGGUUUCCCCACCAACUACAACCAGGCCAAGGUACUGGAAAAGGCACUCACUGGUUUUGCCACUGGGCAGGAGAAGGAGAAGAAAAUGGGCAAGCAGAAAAAGUCCAAUCUUGUGCCUGAUCCUAGACCACCUCCGCCAGCAGCAGAACCCGCUAGUGGAAUUGAUGUAGUCAUUCAAUUUGACAUCAGUGAUGAGCUUUGUCUCAAGAGAGCUGCUGGCAGAUCUUAUGCCCCUCAGUCAGAUGUGAAGUACCACCAGGAGUUUAACCCCCCACCGGAGGGGAGUGCCACAGGCGUCGGUAAACAAGAACAGAUUGUACCUGUAGAAGACCCUGCUCACGACCAGGAACAGAUCCAGCACAGAAUCACUCGUUACCUGGAUGCCUGGCCCAAGCUUGAGAAGUGGUACUUCAAGUUUGGUACUCUCAGCAAGGUAGACGCCUCUCAAGGUGCUCACUCAGUGUUCCUAGAGGUAGAGAAGGUCCUCGAGGAUACGAUGAACAGGCUACAAGGCAUAAAGGAACCGGAGAGCUCUGCAGCACCUGCUGAGAUUACGGAGCCUGUCGUAGUGAAAGAGGAACCGCCACCGCCGCCACCAGAACCUCCAAAGGAGGAAGUAAAAGAGGAUGUGAGACCGUCCUCUAGAAAAGGAUCAGGGAAGAAAUCUGGGUCGCGACCUUCAUCAAAGGAAUCAAGGAGCAAAUCACCCAAGGACAAAAAAAGUGCCUCUCCAAAACGAGGAAGUGGCAAGAAAUCAGAUACUGGAAGUGCCAAGAAAGGCAGCAGGGGAUCUUCACCUAAAUCUAGGACAAAAUCCGGAAAGAAGGGCAAGACUCCUGAGCCUGAGCCUGAACCAGAACCAGAAGAGCCCAAGGGACCUCCACCCCCAGAACCGGGUUCAGAGGAGUGGGAGUUCGUCGGCCUCAAACUGGCAGAUGAGAUUGCUACUAUCCUUGCCGACUACUGGGAGUCUACAGAACAGACCUAUGUCAAAAACUCAAAACAUGUAUUCCGCAAGGAGAGGGAGGAGCGAGAAAAUAUUUAUAGAUAUUUCUAUCAAAUUAGGAAAGAUUUCCUGGCCUUCCUGCGGAGACCUGACAACAAACAGGUCUACGAGGCUCAGUGGCAGAAGGAGUAUAAUGAGGUGCCGGACGACAUGAGAGACGACGAGGAGACGAAGACAGAGCUACACCAGCGUGUAGACGACCUGCGCGAGGACCUCUGGUCUAUCUGUGAUGCCCGUAAGGCACAGUCAGAGACAGAACGAGAGAACAUCAUUGGUGACGGUUGGCUUGACGACCGUCUGGGUGUGCUGAGUAACUACUAUAUCACUCAGAUGCAGGGAGAAGUUGACCGGUACCAGGACACUGUCCGAGUGAUGAAGGAUUACUACCGUGGUAUGGAAGGAACCAUGCCUGAUGAACUCAGCACCAACUUCAGCAGGAUACCCCUUAUUGAGUUGCCAACAGACCGUCCAGACUCCCCAGAAAAGUCUGCCAGUGAGACAGCCCCCAGCCCUCCAGCCACAGAGGAACCACCACGUACACCCAAAUCUGGUGAUCGACCUCGUUCAAGUCGAUCCAAGUCACCAAAGGAACGGAAAUCAAGGACACCUUCUGGCAAGAAACGUGACAAGAGCAAGGAGAAGAAAACAGAGUCUGCUGAGCCGUCACCUACGGAGGAGACUGGGCGCAAAAGGAUCCCAUUGGUACCUCGACGACCAGUAUCACCUGAUGCUGAUGCCAAGGCUGGGGGUGCCUCCGGUAAGGACAAGAAAGACAAGAAGGGGGGAAAGAAGGAUGAGACGAGUGGAUCUGAGAGUCCUGCGCCUCCCAUGGAUCCUGAUGAGAAACUCAUCUUUGAUGCCUUCCAGACAGGCACAUCAGCCUUGGGUCAGAUUCUUCAAUCUGAGUAUGCUGCUAAAGAGGCUCAGGAAGAGGCUGAGAAGAAGAAAGAUGAAGAGAGGGAACGAGAGAAACAAGCGGCUGCAGCUGCUGCAACAAAGGCCAAGGGCACCAAGGAUAAGGGAAAGAAGGGCAAGAGUCGCAGCCCCUCACCCAAGAAAAAGAAGGACACAGAUUCACAGGCAACUCCAACUCCUUCGGAGGACCUGAGUGAAGAAGACAAACAGAAGAAGGAAACAAGAGAGAAGAUGAGGGAAGAAUACUUCUUUGCCAUCCAGGAGGAGGAGCAAGCAUGUAAGACACGUCUGGAUCUGAUCAAAGCACAUGCUGUUGGAGUGCUACAGGACCUGAAGAGUAAGGCUGACAACACCUACAAGGAUAUGAAUGACUGGCUCGGUGCCAGGUUCCUCAAAGAGAUGGAGAGUAUUGACCAGAUGUCUGAGGUGAUGAGGAAUGCCAUUGAAAACAAACAGAAACUGAAGCAGGAGCUGGUCCUAAACCAGGAAGAUUUCCUCCUCAAUGAGGGUCUGAAGGUUCUGAAGUCACCCUUACCUCAAACACCGCCCCCUCCUGUGGAGCUGGCUACAGUGGAAAUGUUCACGGUGGAACAACUCAGCAGCAUGUAUAAACAGUUUACUGCCAUAGCCCCAACAGGCGUCCUCUCUGCCCGCUCAUUCACAGAAACAUUUGAGAACAUUGUGUCCGUGGCCCAUGGCAUGGAACAGCUUCCCGACAUGUGGAUGACCAUUAGUUCAGGACAGGUCCAGGAGAUAUCGUCAGGUCUGUCGGCGGAUGGGGAAUAUGUUGACUGGAGACGCUUCCUCCUGGCCAUCGCCCAGCCUAUCCCCUACCCCACCCAAUCUGAGCUCCUUGACACCCUCUUCAAGUUUAAAGAAAUGGACCAGCGCGCCACUGGCAAUGUCACUAGGGAACAAUAUGACAGGAUGAACCUGUGGUUUGGGAAUCAGCCGGGUGACGAUGCCUUCAAUAGACUGGCCAACCUGAAGAGAUGUCUGUUCGACUUCUUUGCCGACCAUAACCGCAAUCCUCCUACAUUGGAUUAUGUCAGCAUGCUGAUGUACUUCGGUGCUUCCUCCCAUGCCAACGAGGGAUUCUUGCGCUCACUAAGUGUUUCAGCAGGCCAGCACAUGCCACGACUGCCAAAGCCAGAACCCACUGCUCCCAGUAUAGCAGAAAGCACACCAGAUAUCGUGGAUGACCCGUCCCCACCCCCUCCGAUCCCUGAGGAUAUCCCUAUGGAGGCGAUGGAUGGCACUGUCCCCCUCGAGGCGCUGUACCGCGUGUUCCACCAUGGCGAGUCAGCAAAGGGUGACAGCCAUCGCUUCAGUGUAUGUGCUGAUCCCGAGGAUGCCACUUCUAGGGAGAAGCUGACAAGUGUAUACCAGGAACUCGGCAGUGACAAUGCUGAGCCUGUUCCUUUCAAGGUCCUGAUGGAACACCCCCUAAUCCAGGACAUCAUUAACUCCUGCAGUACAUUCAAAACACUGGACAUUAAGGGCAUCCUGUCAAACCCCCACCCUGACCUGGAGCUCCACAGUACCAAGACAAUGGAAUAGGACGCAAGACUGGACAGUGAUCAUCCAGACUACGAAUGACAUUUUAACAUUGUGAAAUUAUCUGGACUUUGUUUCACUUGCAAUCAAAUUUUUCUCAGUAUGAUAUUGAAUCAAUAGUAAGGAAGACUUACAAGACUGAAGUGUUUUACAUUGUCUUGCAUCUUUAGAAAUGUACAUAUGUACAUACUUUAGAAAUGUGAUGUACAGCAUGUCUCAGAAAUCCCACUUCUGCUGUAACUAAGAGUAUUAAUGUUAUCUAAAUAUUAUCAUCUAGUCUAACAUUUCUUUCAUGUUUUCUGCAUCCUCCACCAUAGGAACGAUUUCUCCAGAUACCAUCUCCCUACCCCCUGUUCUCUAGCACUGUAGGUACACUGUAGGUACUAUAUUAUAUGGUGUUGUGGCCGCCCAUUGGCUGUGUGUUACUCUUGUCCUGAAGCUGUUCCUCUGCCGGACACUUCACACACAUACCAGAAGCACUGCAUUUUUCUCUAUACAAAGUCUUCACACCACUUCUACAGUGGCUGGGCACUGCGUUUGUUAUCGACUACUGUUCAAUAGUUAUCUCCCUUUGCCCAGGUACCGUCAGAAAGUGGUGUUCUGGUACGAUUUACUGUUGUAUAUAAUUUAUAUUGUUUAUACCAAAUUAAAAUUAUUUUGCUUUUGCAUUAGUGUGAAAUAUUAACUUUACCAGUAGUCUUAAAUUGAAAGAUUGUUUUACUGCUUCGUUCUGAGUGCUAAGAUAAAAAUAUGAAUGCUUUUUAUACAGCUGCUUUCUGCAUAAUUUAUUAUUAAAACUGUGUGAUGGAAUUUCUUUUAUUUUUCAUAAAUACACAUUCAAUUUCUGUCAGCUUUAGUAAUAUUCCAUACAUCAAUGUAUAUAAACACACCUCCAUUAUAUAUUUCCGUCCAGAAAUACUAUUUAUAAAUCAUUUUAUUCUUGUAAAAUAACAACUUCUGACUGUGAUAUAGUGUUUUCACUAAAAGAGAAGUCGAAUAUUUAUCUCUUUUGAGAUAUAAAUGUGAUGUUAGUUUUGAUAUAUUAAAGAAAAUUGUUAUUGAAUAAAUUAAUUUGA